AGACAAACAAACAAAAAUGUCACAUCACAAUUAGUCAAAAUUUUCAGUAAAAGACACACACAAAAUUCAUCGUAAAUUUAAUCAUUAAAAAAUCCACCAUACACAGCCAAAAUGGCGGCCAUAGUUUGUCCGGAAAAAGAUGAAGCGGAGAGGAGAACCAAAGUUCUUUGCAAGCUUCGGGACCUGAUCGAAAAAGCCGAACAAGAUAUUGCGGUGGGCGUUAGACAAAUUCAAGUGCCCGGUUCUGAAAGUCCACCUCCCAUGGAACCCACGAAAUUCGAUAAGAAGUCCAAUGGUCCCCCAGAUGUUAUGGUUUGUUAUAAGCUGCCAUCAAAAAAUGCUUCGUGGGACGAUGACGGCAUACCUUUAAGUAACUCGAAAUCGAGAGAACUGAGAGGUGGACAACUGUUCCUUGGGUGUUAUUGCUGCAAGAAAAACGGUCUACAGGACGAUUGUCCUCGAGCAGAGUGCCAAGGAUCGCCUCCCUGUCUUACCAAACCCCCCACGUGUGGUCCGUUCGUCUACUGCGAUGCGAAGCACCUGCAAGCCAAGGCAGCGAAGUUCCUCGCUAGAGGAAAAGAAAACCCGCAUGAACAGAAAAUGAAGUACAAGUGUUUCCCGGCAACAGUUAAGCCGCCUGAGGUGCCCUGCUGCAUAACUACGUGCAUCUACGAUUCAUAAGCUUAACUAACUCAGCGUCAUUAAGGAAAGCUUAAUGGUAGUACUUUUUUCGGUUUUAUUUUGUUAGUUUGUUAUUAUUUGCUUUGUUUUGCUGUACUGCUGUUAUAUACGAUUCUUCGUUAAAUAAUGAUGAAACUGUGGAUUAUAAAGAAAUUUUCAAGAGUUUUUGUUCAAGUUACUGGAUCGUUAAUUAGUUUGUUCCUGUGCUGUUUUUUUAAUAUUUGGUACAGGAAUGUUUGUUGUUUUUAUGAAAUUCUUUUUGAUGUUAUUGUAAAACCACAUUUUUAAUGUUGUUUAGCUUAAGUUUUUGUUUUUCCUUAAUGAUGUUUAUUUAGUUAAGUUAACUUGUCUAGGAAAUAGUGUGUGUCAAAAA